UCCUUUUUUUUUUUUUUCUCCUCUUUUGUUUGAGCGCGCACCCCAAAAUGGAGCUCCAUUUCUCCCCAAUCAUGGCGAAAACAAGCUUUCCCCUGUUAAAUCUCCCCUCAAAAUCCAUCAAAAUCUCCUCAAUCCCAAAAUUCCGCUCUGGGUUUUCUAAUCCCAACCCCAAAAUCAAGUUUCCAAGCAAAAAAAUCUGUUCUUGCGGAUUAAACACCCGUUUGGUAGAUGAAAAUGGUGUUGCGGAUCAAAAGGAGCUCACUCCUCAGUGGGAAUUGGAGUUCUUGGGCGAGAUCAAACCCUCCCAAUCCAAUGAUUCUACUACUAAUAAUAAUACGAAGAAGAAGAAGAAGAAGCUCCCGGAGAAGUCGAGGUUGCUCGAUGAAACCGACACCAUGGAUUGGUGUGUGAGGGCGAGGAGAGUUGCGCUGCGCAGCAUAGAAUCGAGGGGUUUGAGUCGCUCGAUGGAGCGGAUCGUGAGUUCGAAGAAAACGAAGGACAAGAAGAAGAAGAAGAAGAGUAGUGAUAUGAUCAAAGGGAGUAAAAAGGACAGGGUUAGUAGAGAAGAAGAGAUUCUGGAAGAGGUAUUUGAUGAUAUUGAUGAUGUAGAGCUCAGUGAAUUGAGUUUGGAGCAUGAGAAUAAGUAUGGUGAGCUCAAGAGUAGGAUAGCUCAAUUCGCAGAUGGGGUGUUCGACGAAAAGUCCAAGAGAUCGAGAGCGGUGUUUGUCGAGAAACUGUCGCAAUUAUCAGGACCCACUGAUCGGAAGAAGGAGAUUUCUCUAAAUAAAGAGAUUGUUGAUUCGCAAACGGCCGAAGAAGUGCUAGAAGUGGCGGCCGAGACGGUCGCGGCCGUGGCCAAAGGACUCAGCCCUUCGCCGCUCACGCCGUUGAACAUUGCCACCGCUCUCCACCGUAUAGCCAAGAACAUGGAGAAGGUCUCGAUGACUAGGUCUGGAAGGUUGGCGUUUGCUAGGCAGAGGGAGAUGUCGAUGCUCGUCGGUAUAGCGAUGAACGCUCUGCCCGAUUGCUCGGCCCAAGGCGUGUCGAACAUUACGUGGGCACUGUCGAAAAUCGGCGGCGAGCUUCUUUAUUUGUCAGAGAUGGACCGGAUUGCGGAGGUGGCGGCGACCAAGAUUGACGAAUUCAAUGCACAGAAUGUGGCGAACGUGGCGGGAGCAUUCGCAUCGAUGCGGCACGCAGCCCCGCAGCUUUUCGCGGGCUUGGCUGAGAGAGCAGCCCAGUUAGUCCGCACUUUCAGGGAGCAAGAGAUUGCUCAGUUGUUGUGGGGUUUUGCAUCGUUAAAUGAGUGUCCCGUUCCUUUACUCGAUGCUCUCGAUGUUGCUUUCAAGGACAGGUCAGGCCUCAAAUGCUGCAUAAGAGAGAGUUCGAAUGAGGAAGAUGACAUGAGCGGCGAUCCCGAAACAACGGAAGGUAUUCUAAACUUUAGUAGGGAUCAGCUGGGGAAUAUAGCUUGGUCGUAUGCUGUUCUAGGGCAAAUGGAUCGUCGGUUCUUCUCUCUAGUGUGGACUACUCUAAGCGAAUUUGAAGAGCAAAGGAUCUCGGAGCAAUAUAGAGAAGAUAUCAUGUUUGUCUCGCAAAUUUAUAUUGUGAACCAAUGCCUGAAAAUUGAGUAUCCUCAUCUUGGUUUAUCAUUAAAGAGUGAUCUAGAAGAAAAAAUAUCGAGAACAGGAAAGACGAAGAGAUUUAAUCAGAAAACCACUUCUUCGUUUCAAAAAGAGGUUGGAAGGCUUUUAGUUAGCACGGGGCUUGAGUGGGUCAGAGAGUAUGCAAUCGAGGGGUAUACAGUUGAUGCCGUUGUGGUCGAUCGAAGGCUCGCAUUUGAGAUUGAUGGACCAACACAUUUCUCGAGGAAUUUGGGUACGCCUCUAGGGCACACGAUGCUAAAGCGGCGUUUCAUUACCGCUGUGGGGUGGAAGCUUGUCUCUUUGUCUCUCCAAGAGUGGGAGGAGUUGCAGGGUGGUUUCAAGCAAUUGGAGUAUCUAAGGAGAAUACUCGGCAUUGACGCGGAUCGCGAUACAGUUGAAACACCACCAUGAAAUUUUAAGCAGGUGAUUUGAAAUUUUGGCUUGAUCUUAUUCCAAAUCAUUCUCUGUCAACUAUCUGAACUUAGUCAUUGUUUAUUGUUAACUGCUCUCUUUAUGAUAUGCUUUGUUCCUGCGUUUGGUAGAGAUAAAAAUGACUCGGCUAAAGCAUAAUGCUUAACCGAAUAGGAAUUCGAUAUGACUAACUAAAACAAUGCUAGUGUUUGAAAUCAUAUGUGUCCAACUCAAAAACAGGAAACUGAUUGAGUAUCGAAAACUGUAAUAUUUGUCCAUGUUGUGCAAAAAAGGUUUAGAAAUUUAUCCGAAAA